AUGGCGCCGACCAAGGGUGAGGGACCGGCGAUCGGCAUCGACUUGGGCACGACGUACUCUUGCGUCGGUGUGUGGCAGCACGACCGCGUCGAGAUCAUCGCCAAUGACCAGGGGAACCGCACCACGCCGUCCUACGUCGCCUUCACCGACUCCGAGCGCCUCAUCGGCGAUGCCGCGAAGAACCAGGUCGCCAUGAACCCCAUCAACACCGUCUUCGAUGCUAAGCGUCUUAUUGGAAGACGGUUCUCUGAUGCCUGUGUUCAGAGUGAUAUUAAGAUGUGGCCAUACAAGGUUAUUUCUGGCCCAGCGGAUAAGCCUAUGAUUGUAGUGCAGUACAAGGGUGAGGAGAAGCAGUUCUCAGCUGAGGAAAUUUCCUCCAUGGUUCUUAUCAAAAUGCGUGAGAUUGCUGAAGCUUACCUUGGAUCAACUGUGAAGAAUGCUGUGGUCACUGUUCCUGCUUACUUCAAUGAUUCCCAGAGGCAGGCAACUAAGGAUGCUGGUGUUAUUGCUGGUCUCAAUGUCAUGCGUAUCAUCAAUGAGCCAACUGCUGCUGCAAUUGCCUACGGUCUUGACAAGAAAGCUACUAGUGUUGGUGAGAAGAAUGUCCUUAUUUUCGACCUUGGAGGUGGAACUUUUGAUGUCUCACUCCUCACUAUCGAGGAGGGUAUAUUUGAGGUGAAGGCCACAGCUGGUGACACUCACCUCGGUGGUGAGGAUUUUGACAAUCGCUUGGUGAACCACUUUGUCCAGGAAUUUAAGCGGAAACACAAGAAGGAUAUCACUGGGAACCCCAGGGCUUUGAGAAGGCUUAGGACUUCAUGUGAGAGGGCUAAGAGGACACUUUCUUCCACAGCGCAGACUACAAUUGAAAUUGAUUCUCUCUAUGAGGGCAUUGAUUUCUAUUCCACCAUCACCAGAGCCAGGUUUGAGGAACUUAACAUGGACCUCUUCAGGAAGUGCAUGGAGCCUGUGGAGAAGUGCCUGAGGGAUGCCAAGAUGGAUAAGAGCACUAUCCAUGAUGUUGUACUUGUUGGUGGUUCGACUAGGAUCCCCAAAGUUCAGCAGCUGCUGCAGGACUUCUUCAAUGGGAAGGAACUCUGCAAGAGCAUCAAUCCGGAUGAGGCCGUUGCCUAUGGUGCUGCUGUCCAGGCUGCAAUCCUUAGCGGGGAGGGCAAUGAGAAGGUCCAGGACCUUCUCCUUCUUGAUGUGACCCCACUGUCUCUUGGUCUCGAGACUGCUGGAGGGGUCAUGACUGUGCUUAUUCCAAGGAACACCACCAUUCCAACCAAGAAGGAGCAGGUCUUCUCCACAUACUCGGACAACCAGCCCGGUGUGCUGAUCCAGGUUUAUGAGGGCGAGAGGACCCGGACUAAGGACAACAACCUCCUUGGGAAAUUUGAGCUCUCUGGAAUCCCCCCUGCACCUAGGGGCGUCCCUCAGAUCACUGUAUGCUUUGACAUUGAUGCCAAUGGUAUUCUGAAUGUCUCUGCUGAAGACAAGACGACUGGGCAGAAGAACAAGAUCACCAUCACCAAUGACAAGGGAAGGCUGAGCAAGGAGGACAUUGAGAAGAUGGUCCAGGAAGCAGAGAAGUACAAGUCCGAGGACGAGGAGCACAAGAAGAAGAAUGAGGCGAAGAACUCUCUGGAGAACUACGCCUACAACAUGAGGAACACCAUCCAGGACGAGAAGAUUGCUUCGAAGCUUCCUGCCGAUGACAAGAAGAAGAUUGAGGACGCUGUGGAGCAGGCCAUCCACUGGCUGGACAGCAACCAGCUCGCCGAGGUGGAAGAGUUUGAGGACAAGAUGAAGGAGCUGGAAGGCCUCUGCAACCCCAUCAUUGCCAAGAUGUACCAGGGCGCCGGUGCUGACAUGGCUGGCGGAAUGGAGGAUGAGGCCCCCGCUGCUGCUGGCGGUGCUGGCCCCAAGAUUGAGGAGGUCGAUUAA